UAACAUCGACCGCAUAUAUUAUCGGAGGCAAUUUUUUUCCUUGAGACUUGACAAGCCUUUCAACAACAAUGACGGCAAAUGUGACAGCCUCACAAGCGUGCGAUGAGCAGAGUAGUGACACCGUUCCGGGAACAGUCGCCAGUGAUAACCAUGAGCUCGGUCAGACACUUCCACGUACUCCCCGGCAAUCUGUGCUACAAGCGCUCAAUAGUGGAGAGGUUCCCGAGGAUCCAGUUGCACGCUUCGAGUACUACGAUGCUCUCACCAAUCUGUUCUCUAUAAGAUUUCUACGCGAUGGGACCAACUGUGAAGAGGUCAUGGUCUAUUCAGAUCUAGCAAAGGCGAAUAUACCUCGGGGGUUUGAGGGGUCAAUUUUCUCAAAUGUGGACGACAAUACUUUCGGAGACGCGUACGUGUUCUAUCGCUUAUUGGCUUGGGACAUGGAAAAAACUCCACAGAACGCCCGCCGGCUUAUAGAUGCCAUUGGAUGGAAGUAUGAGAUAGCUCCAGCCGUCAUUACACUUCAGGAAACUGGCUCAUAUGCGCUGGCCAAGUUUGAAAUAUACAAGGAAAGAAAAGAUGACGAAAGUCUCCAAGAUGCAAUCCAGAACUGCGAAGACUUUCUGGGGGAGAUGCGGGAAGAAUUGAGAGAUACUCAAGAGGUGGAUUCGAUUUCAGAUCCAAAUCAGGUAGCCGAAUAUCGCGAGUUGUUUGGCUCAGUUUCAGCAAGCCUAUCUCAAUUGCUGUAUCACCAGUUCAGACAGUCAAAACAGAAAGACGUGCUCGAACGCUGCAUCAAACUAGGCGCCGAUGCCUACCCUGACGUUCCAGGCGCUGAAAGACUCGAGCUAGAAAUCUCACUGAACGAUGCUGCCAUCGCUUACUCUUUCAACCACAUUGCCUUCGACGGACCUCGCUCGAACCAUAAUGUGCCUCGCUGGAGCGACAUCAGUGAUGAGCCGACAGCUUCGACAGUCCCGAACAUGAACACAGAUCAAUCUGAUCCUGAUGUUGGUCUAUACGACAAACUUCAGCUUGCAAGUGAUAAUUCUCAGAUAAGAAUCGUUCAGCUGCAGUGUGGACAAUACGGUAGCCCGGUCGUUUGUAUGCUGGAGGUUGUUGACCUCGCAAACUGUCCUGCAUACGAUGCAUUGUCGUACGUAUGGGGUGAUCCCAACUGUACCGAUUUCAUAUCACUUCAGGGACGAACGCAUCAGGUUACCACGAACCUCUAUGACGCCUUAGCUCGGCUUAGGCUACCAGAAAAGCACCGACGCAUAUGGAUUGAUGCUCUAUGCAUCAAUCAGAAAGAUGUGAAAGAGAAGGAGGGUCAGAUAGGGCUGAUGGACAAGAUCUACACCAAUGCGAAUGAGGUCUGCAUGUGGCUUGGGGAGCCCGCGCGAAUUCAGGCCUUUUCAGACGACCCACGAGAGAUCCCAUGUCAUGAGGAAGCCGCAAAGAUGCUUGAAGCCAUGCUUCCAGAAACUUACCCUCAAAUCCGGCCUCACCUUUCGGUCCUUGCAGAUCGUGAUUUUAAAGUCGUUAGCAAUGCCAGUCUCAUGGAUCUUGCAUCGAUCUUGUAUCAGCUACCUUUUUGCAUACGGCCAAUUCCAAGCGCACCUGACAAAUCUGUGCUAAACGGUCUCGCGCCCGAUCGAGUGGAAAGUGGCUUCUCUACUGAUAUAGCGGCGUUGUUGGAAGUUACAUCGAACAUGAACAUCGUCAAGGAUUUCGGAGAGGUUCAGAAGAGAAACUCAUGGUGUCAAGACGUCACCACGGAGACGCCGGAGUGCUACAAUUGGGAUGAUGAAUUAAGAAUCUCAGAAUACCUUGAAGCUAAGAUGACGGGUAGCGACUGGCCAAUUGUUGGUGCGUUCAUCCUGAUCAUUCUGUUCGGGAUGGACGUCCACUUCCAUGAUCUUCCCUUCUUUGGGUCCGCUGGCGCAUCUUCUGUCGUCGGCAUCACAGCUCAAGCCUGGAACAAAUCCUGCUACGCGCUCUAUCACCUACUGAGCAACAAAUACUGGACUCGCGCAUGGAUUCUUCAGGAGCUCGUCCUGGCGCGCGUGCCCAAAAUCUACUUCGGCAAGCACACCCUCCCUUAUCACCAGUUAGUUCAGGCUAUGGUAAAUUUCAAUCGGCAUUAUUCGACUUGCUGUAAGGAUGUGGUUCCUGCCGGUGGGACUGCAGCUUGUUCAUCGCCGAGCUGGUGGACGAGGCUGCAUAGCACCUUCACAAACUUUAUCGAAAGUCCCAGCGAGAUGUGGUUCGCGAGGCGGCUCAAGGAAUCAGACUCAGAGGAUCCAAACUCGAGCAUUACUACAGUGUUGUUAUCGAAUUUAAAGAAACGGCAAGCAACCGAGGCCCGCGACAUGGUUUUUAGCACGCUUGGUAUGAUCGACAACGAGGGACCCGAUCGCAUACCAGUAGACUAUGCGGCACCGGUGGAGCGCAUCUAUGCUCAAGCAACAUCCAGAGCUCUCCUGGAGAGCAAGAAGGAUUCUCUGUUUGUUUUUGCAGGAUACGGCCGUUCUGAAGAGCUGAAGCACAAACUCCCGUCUUGGUGCAUAGAUUUCACCGCGCCGUUAGAGUGGAGUGGACUGUUCCCCGAAAUAUCUCCAUUGUUCGACGCUUUCCCCGGCUCUGAAGGUGACACCCGAAUGGAAACAGACCUUUGUUUUUCAGUCACGUCAGCCAAGGUCGAUGUCAUUGUCAGAGUGUCCUCAUUCAGUCAAAGUUGUGAUCACAGCGAGUGGAGCGACAUCAUUCACAAUGUGGAUAGAUGGAAGGAAUGCGCCAGUCUUCCCAGCGACACAGAAGACGCCACAGCCACUGACCGCGAGAGAAGUUUUUGGAGGACCGUCUUGGGCGGUUGUCUUCCAGCAUUAGGUUCAGCCCUCCAAUCGUCUCCGUUUUCCUACGAACGACUGUCCGACGCCGAUUUUGCACUCAUCAGUCGAUGGCAGACUUGGCUCCACGAUCCGAACCGAGCUCUCGACCCCUCAAUUUUCGAAGGGGACUACCAAAACGCUUACCGCGUGGACUGGCUCCAGCAGGCUGAAGGGUUUGCACGUCUCAACCGCAGGUUGCAUCACGCAAUGAUGUACAGGCGGCUUUUCGUGUCUGAAAAAGGCAGGUUUGGCUCCGGGGCGGGUAAUAAUGACUCUGAACAUUUCACAAGGGUUGAGGUAGGGGAUGAAGUGCAUGUCAUUAAAGGUUUUCGAUUGCCAAUAGUGCUGAGGCCAAUCGUGUCUGUGAAGCGAGGAGGGUUGCAAUAUGGGAAUGACCCUACCGCGUUCUCUGCCGAUCUGGAAUCCUGCGUCCAUGACGAAGAUGUGGUAUAUCAACUUGUUGGACCUUGUUUUAUUGACGGCCUCAUGGAUGGCGAAGCCACAGAAGCGGAGGGCUUUUCCACCAAACGCAUUCAUCUUCGCUGAAUGUGAUUUUCUUUCGAAAGGCAUGGGUGAUGUUGUCAGUGGAAAGCUACCGUUAGGACCAAAUUUGGUGUGACAAUGAAAGCACACUUUCCCUUCGCAUUUGAAAUGGCUCGUGAUUGAUUUGAGUAUGCGAAAAAGAGGCGAAAAAGUACACAGGUG